ACUGAACAAUCAAGAGCUGAUUUUCAAGCAGAGGUAAGAGGCGAUAUCACGUACCAGAUUCAAAGUGGCAUAACUGUAAGCAUAAUAUCCUGUUAGUUAUUAUAAAGAUUGCUACUGGUUGAUCUCUGACGUGCAAUUUGUUUAAUAAACACGCUGGCGAAUGAAACUGUGAUAACCGAUGUUUUAUUAUACAUCAUUGUAUCUGCAUAAUAUUGAAUGUGCCACUACUUUGACUGAUCGGACAGUUUCACUCUCCAUUCUCUCAGAUGUUUCGGCGGUGUCUGGCUCCUCUUUGCAUCCUCAUCCUCAUCUGUAUGGUGUCUACAAUCUCCUCCUCCCCUCUUGGCCACAGGGGAGCGCUGUCCUUCUCCAAUUCACUGCGCCUCACUCGCGCUAUUCGCGCACGCGUCCAACAAGUGCUGUCUCGCUACAAACAACAGCUGUUUGGUGACGAGCUCUUUGAAUACAGAGAGAUGAUGUUGAGCACACUUCCAGCGUUUACUGUUAGUUAUCAGACCUGGCUACACAUGCAGGACAAUGAGCGUUUGCGUUUGGCCUCUCACAACCUCCAAACCUUCUGGACUCACCUGGAAGGUCAACGGCAGCAGCUGGAGAGAGAGAGGGACGCGACGGAAGAAAGAAGAGAGCAGAGAAGAGGCAAACGAGGAAAGCCUCAGCCCAGCCUGUGCCAAAGUUUUGUCAGUCUUCAGAUUGAUCUGCGGGACUUAAUGAAACAAGUCAACUCUCAGUUAAACCGUCUGAGUAUCACUGCAUCCACAAAGUCCCCACUUCUCCAUACCCUACACUCAACUUCAUCCUCCAGUCCGAUUCCCAGCAUGCAUCAUUCCACAGAGAGCACCACUGUACUCAAGACCCCAACUCAGAUGAAUAAUCCUCAAAGUUCCACACACUCCUCUACUUCUACAAUGAAGGAGACCUCUGUCAGCCUCCUGCAACCCACCCAGGCAUCAGCAGCCUCUGUUUUCACGGGAAGCCAGAUAUCUGUGGAUACCCAGCAGACAACAACUGCAGAGAUGUCCCGUUGGAUUCAGCAUCUGAGAGGGUAUGUGAUACUGAGAGAUCUGGAACGGUACUUGAGCAGAUUGGCAAGAGAUUAUGCUCUGCUCCAAGCUAAACACUGACAAACAUGCAUAAGCAAAUCAACAAAGCCGGAGGGAAAAAAAAAAAGUAUUGCACAAUUAUUACACAGGAUUGAAUUAUUACAAAACAAAACCAACGAAAUGGAUAAUUGAAUACACUAACAUUCAUAUCCUUAAUCAUUUUCAUGUCACAGUUUCUGUUUACCUUGCUCAGUAGUUAUUAUAUUUAUGAAAAUAUUUACUAGAUUUUCAUUUACUGUAUGUUUACAAGUAACUGAACAGAUAUUUGCCCUAAUGUGUGAAGACUUUUUUUAUAAACUGCUUUCCUUUAUUUUAUAUUUAAGUAUUUGGAGCAUUUUCCAUGUAUGGGAUAAGUCUCAGCGGGGUGUGCACAUCAGCAGGCAGCUAUUGUAGGUUAUGAGAUUGCCAAGCAGUAUUAUUUGACCAUUAAGUAUUUUUAGUUAAUAAAAUUAUUACUUGAAUGUAUAUGGCUCUGUUUGAGGGGUAAGCACUUAACAAACAGCAGAUUCUUUUGUUUAUAUUGGACAAUUUAACUGAAACAAAAAAGGGUUAGUCAGCCAUUCUGGAAGAUCGAAAUUCCCCAAACACCCCACUUCCCUCCUCCACUGAUAAUCAGCCAAUUAGAGGUCAGAAUGAGAUUCAUUUUACAUCCCCUUUUUGUUGUCAUUCUCCUGUACUUUCCACCUUGUCUUAUUUAUUAAAUUAUUUAUUUUAUUUAUGUGAAAUAUAUGCCAAAUAUUUUUCAUACAAUAUUUAUUUUUCAUAAAUAAGUGCAAAUGUACUUCUGUAUAUGUACUGAAUAAAAUGACUAAGAAUCACUUGUA